ACUACCUGACGUAACGGCAAAAUACAAGUGACUGUAUAUAUUGCGCUGUACCUCAAGUCUGAAAAUUUCAUUCCCUUUCAGAAUUGUAAACAGAGGUUGUAACACACUUUAUGUUUAUCCAUCACUCGGAAUACAUGAGACGUUGGCUAAGGAAUUGAGGAUUUAUACAGCAGCAAUGCCCUGUGUUCAAACUCAGUAUGGAACUGUGCCCUACGACAACAACUACUACAGCUCUGAGUUCCUGAACCCCGAACUCAGUGCUAAGCUGACCAUGGACAUUGGUGCUGAGCGGGACCAGCUCACCGCCUCCUCCCUCCCCAGCAUCAACACCCUGGUGGGCAGCGGCUAUGUGGGCGAGUUUGACACCUACUCCUGCCAGAUCACCACCUCCGCCUCCACCGCCCCCUCCAGCCACUCAGCCGGCAGCGCCUCCAGCCCUCAGGCUCAGCACUCAGCCUUUAAACUGGACGACAUCCAGGUAUACAGCUGCUACCCGGGCUCCUUCGCCCUCAGCUACCUCGACGAGACGCUGUCCUCCUGCGGCUCCGAUUACUAUGGCAGCCCCGCAUCAGCCGCCCCCUCCCCACCCACCCCGGGCUUCCAGAGCCAGCCUGGCCCAGUCUGGGACUCACCCUUCAGCCCCUAUUCCCCAGACCCUGGGUGCUGGGUGGCCGAUAAGUCAAGCCUGGCUCAGCAACCCUCCUUCUUCACCUUCAUCCCCACCACAGAGCAGCACUCCCCCCUGGGGCAGCACCAGGGCCCCCAGCAGAGUGAGGAGGACCCUUUCUUCCAGCCCUCCCAGAGGCAUGCCUCCCAGCUCCAUUAUGCCCCCUUGUCCCUAGACCAGGGAUCCAUGGACAGCCCCGGGCUCAUGGAGAGGCCCAUGUUGUCCCCUAAGACCGGCAGCCCCGGGGCCAACGAGGGUCGCUGUGCGGUGUGUGGGGACAACGCCUCCUGUCAGCACUACGGGGUCCGCACCUGUGAGGGCUGCAAGGGCUUCUUUAAGCGAACUGUACAGAAGAAUGCUAAAUAUGUGUGCCUAGCCAACAAAGACUGUCCAGUAGACAAGCGGCGAAGGAACCGCUGCCAAUUCUGCCGUUUCCAGAAGUGCCUGGGGGUGGGAAUGGUGAAGGAAGUCGUCCGCACAGACAGCCUGAAAGGUCGCAGGGGUCGUCUGCCCUCUAAAUCCAAGACAGUGCUAGAGUCAGUGUCCACCACCCCACCCGUCAACAUCAUCGCCUCUCUUGUCAGGGCUCACAUAGACUCCAACCCCGCCAUCGGAAAGCUGGACUACUCCAAGUACCAGGAGACAGUGGCCAGCCUAUCAGAGAAAGAGGAUGCCAAUGACAUCCAGCAGUUCUACGACCUGCUGACAGGCACCAUGGAUGUGAUUCGGAAAUGGGCCGAGACCAUCCCAGAAUUCACCGCCUUCUGCCCGGAAGACCAGGAGCUGCUCCUGGAAUCUGCUUUCGUGGAACUCUUUAUCCUCCGGCUAGCAUACAGGUCGAGUCCUGAGAAAGACAAGCUGAUCUUCUGCAACGGCGUGGUACUUCACCGUAUGCAGUGUGUGCGAGGCUUUGGCGACUGGAUCGACUCCAUCCUGGACUUCUCCCAGAGCCUCCACCGCAUGAACCUGGACGUGUCCUCAUUCGCCUGCCUUGCAGCACUCGUCAUCAUCACAGAUCGCCAUGGCCUUAAAGAGCCCAAACGGGUGGAGGAGUUCCAGAACUGCCUCAUCACCUGUCUGAGGGACCAUGUGUCCAGCAGUGGCUCCGAUGCGGGGAGGCCCCAGCCCAACUUCCUGUCCCGACUACUGGGGAAGCUCCCUGAGCUGCGCACCCUCUGCACCCAGGGCCUGCAGCGCAUCUUCUACCUGAAGCUGGAGGACCUGGUUCCCCCACCGCCCAUUGUAGACAAAAUCUUCAUGGAUACCUUACCUUUCUGAAAGGACAGAUACAAAGAUGAAGAGGAGUGAUUAAGUGAUGAUGUGAGGGGACAAAAAUACGAUAAACUGAGGAGGUGAAUAGGGGGCCGUAGUCCGAGUCCAUUACAUUUGGGACUUCUGAGUGUUGAAUAUGGAUAGGAGGCACCCCCCCCUCCGCUGAAGUGGCGUGGCCUUGCCCCUUUCUAGUGCACUGACUUAAUGACACGUGUCUGAUUCUGCCUGUAUUUUUCUCACGUUUAGUUUUAAAAACAAAGACCUGUGGGUGGCAGAAUUGGAUGUCUAUUUUCCAAUCUGUGGAAUUCUCAUGGACAUCAUCCAACAAGAGAGAAGAAGACACGAGUGGACGUUUCAAGUUUUUGGUCUCUUUUGUAAGUGUGAGUUUGUGGAGUGGCUUUAUCGCUAUGCAAAAUGUUUACGUUUGUUUCUUUGUAGGUUGCAAAAUAUUGGGAGACAGUUGGUGUGUAUGUACAGCUCUGAGGGAAAUAAACUGCAUAUGUUCACACCUGAACACCCACUUAAACCCAAGUUCUCAAAAAUCCUAUGGAGUCUUCACAUCCCAAUACAUUUAAUUUAGUAGCUGUUCAAAGUUGAUGCAUCGAGAGACAAACAGAGUCAAACACUGCGGCCUCCAGUUCACAAGCCUUUCUUAACGACAACUGUUAGGUCCUACAUUUCAAAAGUGAAUAUUUUCACUGAAACUGUUAUAAUAGCCAUUUGUAGUCCUGAUACCACACCUUUACAAGGUAUUGGACCAAAGGGAAGCUUUCCAUCUGUCUGCCUGCGGUGAUAGCUGGCUAUUGUUGUGACAUUUACAGCUCAUCAACCCUAAAGCCUUAAUGUAUCUAAAAAGGUGCCAUCAUUUUUACUCACACCACACUGAAACAUUUCAUGUGGGUUUUAAUGGCAGGAGAAUCAUAUUACUGAAACAAAACAAUUAUUUUCCUUAACUCUAAUAUUAUAGCCAUGAGUCCUUAAAAAUAAAAACAUGCCAGCAGAAUUACAAUGUUUGAAAAGUGCCUUUAAAAAAAGUUUCAAAUCAUUAAUCAUAAAAUACUAUCAUAAAUACUGAAGAACUCCUGUGUAUUUAGGUUUUCAUUCCAACCAUCCCACUGCUAUAAAGUCUGUAAAUCUAAAACAUUCAAACAGACUUGGUGAAGUACGAUUGGCUGAAAUGAAAAUGUGCAUACCAAGAGAUACUUGAAAACAGGUUAGAAAUCCCAUGAUUUGGAAUAGCCUAAGAAUAGUCCAGGGAUAAAAAACAUAAAUACAUUUAUUUUUAUGAAUGUGAACGAUUAUAGCAUAGUAUAGUUUCACAGUAUAGCUGUAACAUGGAUCCACUCAAACAUGUGACCCUAUAGCUUUCUAUCCUUAACUGUGUGUAUAUAUAAAUCUCUGCUACUGCAAGUGUUGCCUUACACACGCUCCUUCAGGAGGACUGUGUGCAGUUUUAUUAUAUGUUGUUUUUAUUUUGUUCUUAAAAUGAACUUCAAGUGAUUUCUUAAGUCAUUACAUGGUGAAAUGUGACAAAACCACGAGCAGCUAAGAGCACUUCAGCGUUCUAAGACAGUAUACAGAUUUAUACAAAUGUUUCCUGCUUCUUUUUCUAUGUUUGUUUGUGACACGUGUGUAUACUUAUAACAUAAAUACUUUAUAUUUGUGAGUUUUCGUAAUGUGGUACAUAAACAUAUAUAUAUUCAGAGGAAGAAAAAGUUUAAUAUUACAUUUAAUAUUAAAAUACAAUUUCAAAAUACAACAUUUGUUGCCAUUUUUCUAAAAUGUCAUGAUAUUAUUUCACAGACAUACUUUUAUGAUGAUGUGCGUAGUAAAAAUGAACACCAGAUUAUGAGUUAUACGUGGUUUCCCUGCUUAAGAUAAUGUUAAAACCACAGGCAGCCCGGUGGUACCUUCAUUUGUGAGGACGAGCUCAGCAAUAAAUGGAAUGGUAACGAACACAUCAAACACAUUUCAACCAUUAUUAUGAGCCGUCCUCUCCUCAGCAGCCUCCUGUGGAUAAAACUCUUUCCUCUAGUCUAGAGGCUGUUCUGCAGCCGAAGUUGUACACCAUUGGUUUGAUUUUCAUGACAUCAUAACCGGGAGCGGUUCCUUCCUUUCAGUAAAACCACUUGCUUAGUUUCUAGAUAAGAUUGAUAGAAAGGGAACUUUCAUGCUCUGUGCCACACAGGGGCACAUGACGUCAUAACUGUGUGGGUGUCUCUAUCUUUUCCAUAGUGUUGUCUUGGCAUAUUAUAUGAUAUACUCAAAGUAGCUGAUACUAACACCUUACAAUAUGAAUUUUGGUUGUUCCCCUUUGAGUUUCUUUGUUAUUGGGCUGUUUAAACCACACAAUGUAUUACUGUACAUAGCAUGGCAGAGCUAUUCUGUAGUAUCCCAUAUGGGAAAAUAAUAUAUUUAAAUAGAUUGGGAAAAUCUCUAUAUCAAAUAUAUAUGAAAAAAAAGAUAUGUACAUAUAUUUGUUAAAUAUAUGUGUAAAAUACACACACACCUCACAACCUUCCCUGAUGAUAAUGUUGAGUCUCUAUUGACCUCUGGUACCUUAAUAUUAGGUUCUGAAAAUGGUGUUUUACAUGCAAAAGAUGGAUCAUUGAGUUGUAGUUAAAAAUGCAUUCUACAGAUAUUGAGGUAUGGCCUACCUGCCACUUAUGAAACAGUACAAAUAAAUGAGGUGUUUAUUUCGAAAAGACACUUGAAUCUAUAACAUAUCUGUAAAUAUAUAUUUGUAUAUAUUUUUCCGGGCUGUCAGUCAACAUUUGAAAUGUUCCCGAGCCCUGCCUUCAACUGACAGAGCAGCCAUUGCAAUUUAGAAUUUUCUUCAUAAGGAGACGAGCAGCUGUCAUCCCCAAAAAUAUCUCUUGGAUAACGCCAUUUUAUUUGAUUAUACAUUCUUAACAUUGAAUUCAAAUGCUUUUAACCUGGUGGGUGACAGAGGAAGAAGUGAUUUAUUUUGUCGAGCUAGCUAGCUCCUUCUUUAGCUUGCCACAGAAGUGCAGUGUGACUGACCAAGGUAAGAAUUGUUUUGAAAAUGAAAGUUGAGUAGAGUUAAUAUCAUGUUUGUAUUAGAUAUAAUUUAAUUGCCAAAGCUAUUGUUUAAUGAUCUAGGCUAACCAAGCAAUGCGUUGCUUGCUAGCUAGCUAAUUUAGCUAGUUUUAGUGAGGGUUGGGUGUCUCAGAACUGGCUAGCUAUUUUUCUCUCCUGCAGUGGAUCCUUCUGGUCUGGAUCCUCAGCUGCCAAUGGACAGACCCCAGACAAUUUAAGUAGUCUUUUGUAUCAUUUUGCUUUGAUGUUCAUGAACAUUAACCCCUAAUUUAUUCUUCAUCUUCUGUGGAAUAUUUUCACUGACUCGGUCUCUGCUUUAUCCAAAGGGUCACUGUCAACUUGUGUGUCUGAAAAUGGACAAGAGGUGAAGGAAUCAGUUGUAAUACAAUACAUUAUUUUCACAUACAGAUGUUAAGUGCACAGAGAUAAUUUGUACAUUAUAUUUGUGUUUCAGAUGUGACUUUCCAGUGACUCCCAUGCCACAAUUCACCAAUGGUUAUUUGAGCAAGAAAUAAAGAUUAUUGAAAGCA